AUGCGACAGUUGCGUCGCACCACGAAGUUGUCGCCGUUUAAGUCGUUAAAUGCGAUUGCUUCGGACGAUGAGGAUGUUUCCAACUAUAAUGACACAAACUUACUGCUAUCAAUUAGUUUCCAACAAUCCAAGUUGAGUGAUGAGCAGGAUCGACAGGGAAAAUUGAUAGAACAACUUGUUAAGAAAUCAGAUAUUCGGGAGCUUCAACAAAAGUUAGUUGGUGAACUUGCUAAGAUUUUGAAUAUACAACUUCUCUCAUCGGAGCUGGAGCGACAGGGAAAGUUGCUACUUGAUGAACUUGUCAGAGAAUUGGAUCAACGCCAUUUAAGAUAUUACCUAAGCAGUUGUGUCAAGGCCAAGUCCAAUGGAAUCUACGACAUACUAAUACCCAAUUUUAGUAGUCUACCUGUUAAAGUUGCCUGCGAUGCGAAAACUGAAGGAGGAGGAUGGACUGUAAUCCUCAGUAGAAUUGAUGGCAGUGUCGACUUCUAUCGAAAUUGGACUGAGUACCAAAAGGGAUUCGGAGAUCUAAAUGGCGAGUUCUUUUUAGGAUUAGACAAAAUUCAUGCACUAACGGCAGUGUACAGUCAGGAGUUACUUAUAGUACUUGAGGAUUUCGAGGGAGCUGUGAGAUAUGAGACAUAUGAGAAAUUUGCAAUCGGAAGCGAGGAUCAACAAUAUGUCUUACACACUCUGGGCAAAGCCAAUGGAACUGCUGGAGAUUCACUCUCAUAUCAUCGUGGCAAGAAGUUUUCCACAUUUGAUCGGGAUCAUGAUACUUGGGAAGAGAAAAACUGCGCCGAAUACAGCACAGGUGCUUGGUGGUACGGUUUUUGUCAUUACAGCAAUUUGGCAGGUAAAUAUAAGGACGCAACAUCAGAAAAGGGAAUUAAUUGGCAGUCCUUUAAGGGUUUCGAUUACUCACUCAAGAGAGCCGUUAUGAUGAUACGUCCAAGAACGUGAAUUCCAAGCCAUCGAUAUCAAAAAACUAUUCCAUUUGCUAA